GGUGUCAUGUGAUGCUGCUGACGCAGGUUGAUGACGGCGGUCGGCGCGGCGGCUUGAAGCUGGCGAGUGGUGUUGGAGUGUGGCGGGGGCUGUUUGGGCGGGUGUGUGGCCGGUUGCCGCAGAGGGAUACCCUCUGCGGAGAAGGCAUGGCGGCCCUGCCCUUACAGCAGCCCAGCUACUUGCUGGCUCUUCUUAAAGCAGAUGGUACAAAUAAGUCUCUAUUUCAGAGAUGUCAUGAAUUGUCCAAGGUGAUAGAAGAUUAUUCACCCAAGGGUUCUGUGAAGGCUUCAAUCCAAGAUGGUGUUCUACCUGAUUUUCCACUGUAUCAUAACAAGCUGCAGUUUCCUCUCUCAGGACUGACCAACCUCAGUCUCUCACUCAAUCCCUUCGAAUACUAUUUCUUCAAUUUUGCUAUGCAUCUCACCACACCACGGAAUUGUCCAUCUGGGCAGCUCUUCAGCACCUCAGACAGUGCUUAUUUUGUCAUAGUGGACAGGUACCUGAAAUACUUCCUUCCUACAGAGGGGAAUGUGCCACCAUCACCAAUCCUGAAUGCAUGUGGAACAGUUUCUCCUCCAACACCAAGAACUCAGAGUGUACCAUUUACGUCCUAUGGUGGGCCCCACACUAGCCUACUGAAACGUCACAUUUCACAUCAGCCCUCUGUGAAUACAGACCCAGCUGCUCAGGAAAUCUGGAGAUCUGAAACACUGCUUCAGAUUUUCAUUGAAAUGUGGCUUCACCAUUAUUCACUGGAAUUGUAUCAGAAAAUGCAGUCUCCCCAUGUCAAGGAACCCUUCACUCCAACAGAGGAGCAUGUGCUAAUGGUGAGACUGCUGGUCAAGCACCUCCACUGUUUCUCCAAUAGCCUAAAACCAGAGCAAGCCUUGCCUUCACCUUCAACUCAUUCUCACACUGCAAGUCCACUGGAGGAAUUCAAGAGGGCUGUGAUUUCAUGUUUUUUUCAGCAGAAGUUGUACGUGUUCCUGCAGCAAUGUUUCAGUCACUGGCCUCUGGAUGCCUCCUUUAGAGCGGUUUUGGAAACGUGGUUGAGCUAUCUGCAGCCAUGGAGGUAUGCAGGAGAAAAACCAUUCAGCCUGAUUGAUUCUAUGGAUCGCAGCGUACCAGACAAAUGGGCACCCUUUGUGCAGGACAAUCUGCUGAUGUUCACAAAACUCUUCCAAGGCUUUUUGAAUCGAGCUUUGCGCACUGAUCUUGUCAGCCCCAAGAAUGCACUGAUGGUGUAUCGAGUGGCUAAAGUGUACAGUCAGCCCAACCUCGCUGAAAUGAUUAAGGAAGCUGAGCGCUUGUUCAUGGAGCCUGAUCCGAUGCAUCGUCCGAGGCAGCAUCGUGUGUACACAUCUCCUGGCUUCAGCAGCACGUACAUGUCUUCGUGGCAUUCUCCAAUGGCCGAUACAGCCUUCAGAGUCAAGAGUCAUGUGUACAAUUUGGAGGGGCAGGACUGCGUGUACAAGCAGAUGUUUGGGUCUGAAGUCAGGAGUCUGGUUCUGAAAUUGGCCCAUUUAAUAGCACAAGCCAAGCAGACAGCGAAAUCGAUCUCUGAUCACACAGCCGAGCAAUCAACAGGCCAGUCGCUCAUGUCCUUAUUGGGCCUGACCACCUAUGAUUUCAAUACCUCGACUUACGGAGGUAGUGAUUUGGAUGAUUUGGGACCUGAUGAGAUACGGAAAACUGAUGAGUACCUUGAAAGAUCAUUGGAGUACUUGUGUUUAGUGUUCAAGUUCAGCACCCCACACCUGUCGACCUUGGCAAUGAAUGUGGGAGCAGCUCCAGAUGAAAAUGGAAGGCACCAGAUGCCUGACUGUAUUCGGGGAGAGAAUGGGCUGACCCUGACCCAACUGGGCAGGUACCAGAUUAUAAAUGGACUCCGAAGGUUUGAGAUAGAGUAUCGGGGAGACCCUGAGCUGCAGCCAAUUCGCAGCUAUGAGAGUGGCCUGUUAGUACGUCUGCUUUUCCAGAUAUCGUCUGCCAUCAACCAGCGGUUUGCUGGUGAAAUGGAGGCCCUAUGUCAGCGUGAUGGUAUAGUGGGAAAACUGGCUCGCUAUUAUCUGACCUACCCAGAGUUGAGUCGGAGGAUCAAGUCAGGUCCUGUGAUGUGCCGCACCUUCCAACAGCAUCGGCCACGGCUCAGCCUGCGUUUCCUGGCUAGUUAUCGCACGCUGUUCUCACUCUUCAUUUGUAUGGUUAUUGGUGCCACGCUCAACCUGAAUCCCCUAGCUUCUUUUCUCCUGAUCAUAUUCUUCUGGCUUCUGUAUGGGAUUGUAUGGGCUCUCUGUACAGAUCAAACAAAACCUCACCAGGUGUGAAAAGUAAAGGAGUCAGCUCUUUCUAUUUUUUAUCUUCCUCAGAAAAUGUUUUUUUAAGUUGUAAAAACAGAACUAACCUUUAAAUCGGAUACCAAUACCUAGGUUUUUUAAGUAUUUUUUGAACUUUUCAGUGUUACUGUCUGAACUGUUGUGUAGACAGUUAUUUUUACAGAUGACUGUGUACCUUUCUAUUGAUUGUGUUAUGUCGCCUUAAUUUUGGUAUUCCACAUGAUGUGAUGGUGGUGACGUUUUGCCAGAAAAACAUCAAUUGAGCCAAUGUCCUAGGUCUGGUAUGUUAGGCUCUGAAGUCUGUAAUGGGAUUGAAUUUACAGCUCUGGGAGUGUGCUUUAGUCACAAGUCUGGUUCACUUUCCAGCUGUUUGUUGCUGUAACCAUCGCAGAAUGGAUUGUCUUGUACCCAGUAGCACCAGCAUGGAACUGAGCUGAAAUGAGACCAACUACUAUGAAAUGAUCAUCUGAAAGCUUAAAUCCAGGCUCCAGCCCAAAUAGGACUGAUCACUUCAAACGAAAGAAACAUUGGCAUUCCAAGGAUUGCUGUUGCGUCAAAAAUUGAACUUGUUCCUCAGUGUGCAUUCUGCUGUAUAAUGUGAAAAUGACACGUUGAACUGUUAAUACCAAAACAAACAUAUGCUGGAAAUCUUGAACAGGUCAGAAAGUAUCUGUGGUGACAGUUCAAAUUGGUGACCUGAAUUUAGAUGAAAGAUCAUCAGCUUGAAACGAUAACUCCAUUUCUUCCUGCACAUGUUUUGCCUGACCUUCUAUCUUGUUUUUUGUAUGACUUGAUGGAUCCAGCCUGUGUUGAAAGAUUGAGGUGGAGUUGAGAGCACACACAAUCCCAAAAUGAGAAAUGCAGUGUCUGCGGAAGUCAGGUGGAGUUUUCUAUACACUAGUAAUUUGCAGGGCUUUGUUAAUCCAGAAUAGAAUCCUGCUCCUGCCUUUCCUGCGAAAUACUUUCGUGUCAUUGGCAUGACAGUUGUUGAAACUCAGCAGAAUUAAUUAGAUGAAAUGUACAAUUCUACUGUUAAUAUUGUGUAAAAUUGUGCACUGUCAGCCACACCAAUGGAAAACCGAUAAUGUAUUUUUUAAAAUGAAUUUGAUAAAUCUUUAAUUUUGUGUUUAAUUUAAUGUGUUUGUAUGCUGAUGUUCUGCUGGUUGAGUUUGAGGCCCUACAAUUGAAAUUAAAAUGGAGAUGUUUAAUUUUUUUAAUGAGACUGGGAAAUGGUGGUAUUCUGAGGUACCUGGGGGGGUAAAAUGCAGGUACAGUGAGUAACAAGUUGUAUUCCAGUCCUUUGGAGUAAAGUUAAGAGUAAAGAAGCCUUACUAAAAUUA